AUGUCGCUGCCCUCACUCCUCCGGGCCAGGGCCCCACGAGCCCUGGCAGCAGGCCGCUAUCUGGCCUCCAAUGGCCAAGCCCGCCUCCUCUCCACGACCCCAGCCCGCUAUGCCGACGACAAGCUCAACAAGGUCUCGGCCAACAUCACACAGCCCAAGUCGCAGGGCGCCUCCCAGGCCAUGCUCUACGCGACCGGGCUCAGCGAGGAGGACAUGAACAAGGCCCAGGUUGGCAUCUCGUCCGUGUGGUACGAGGGCAACCCGUGCAACAUGCACCUGAUGGACCUGUCGAACCUCUGCAGGGAGUCCGUGGCAAAGGCCGGCCUCGUGCCCUACCGCUUUAACACCAUUGGCGUGUCAGACGGCAUCAGUAUGGGCACCACCGGUAUGCGUUACUCCCUGCAGAGUCGUGAGAUCAUCGCCGACAGUAUCGAGACGGUCAUGAACGGCCAGUGGUACGACGCCAACGUGUCCCUGCCAGGAUGUGACAAGAACAUGCCUGGUGUCCUGAUGGCCAUGGGCCGUGUCAACCGACCCAGCAUCAUGGUUUACGGAGGGUCCAUCAAGCCCGGCUGCUCCAAGGGCAAGGACCUCGACAUCGUGUCGGCCUUCCAGGCCUACGGGCAGUACAUCACUGGCGAGAUCAACGAGGCGGAGCGGUUCGACAUCAUCCGGAAUGCCUGCCCCGGCGCUGGUGCGUGCGGUGGCAUGUACACCGCCAACACCAUGGCCAGUGCCAUCGAGACCAUGGGCAUGACCCUGCCCGGAAGCAGCAGUUUCCCCGCCGUCAGCGACGCCAAGAAGGCAGAGUGUGAGGCUGUUGGCCCGGCUAUCAGGAACCUGCUCAAGGAGGACAUCCGGCCUAGUGACAUACUGACGAGACAAUCCUUUGAGAACGCCAUGGUCCUGAUCAGCAUCCUCGGUGGCAGCACCAACGCCGUGCUUCACCUUAUCCCCAUUGCUGAUGCCGUCGGUGUCAAGCUGACCAUCGACGACUUCCAGACUGUUUCCGACCGCACGCCCCUCCUGGCUGACCUGAAGCCCUCGGGCAAGUACGUCUUCGAGGACCUGUAUAACGCUGGUGGAAUUCCAGCGCUCCUCAAGUUCCUCUUGAAGGAGGGUGUCAUUGAUGGGUCGGGCGUCACCGUGACCGGCAAGACAAUGAAGCAGAACCUCGAGGCGUUCAAGGACUUCCCCUCGGACCAGGCCAUCAUCCGCCCGCUGAGCAACCCAAUCAAGCCCAACGGGCACAUCCAGAUCCUGCGCGGCUCUCUGGCGCCGGGCGGCUCGGUGGCCAAGAUCACCGGCAAGGAGGGCCUGCGGUUCGAGGGCAAGGCGCGCGUGUACGACAAGGAGGACGACUUCAUCCAGUCCCUGGAGCGGGGCGAGAUCAAGAAGGGCGAGAAGACGGUGGUGAUCAUCCGGUACGAGGGCCCCAAGGGCGGGCCCGGCAUGCCCGAGAUGCUCAAGCCCAGCUCGGCCAUCAUGGGCGCGGGGCUGGGCCAGGACGUCGCCCUGCUGACCGACGGCCGCUUCUCGGGCGGCAGCCACGGCUUCAUCAUCGGCCACGUCGUGCCCGAGGCCAUGGAGGGCGGGCCCAUCGCGCUCGCCAGGGACGGCGACCGCAUCGUCAUCGACGCCGACAAGCGCGUCAUCGACCUCGAGGUCGCCGACGAGGAGCUCCAGGCCCGCCGCAAGGCGUGGGUCAGGCCCCAGAACCGCGUGCUCCGCGGCACGCUGGCCAAGUACGCCACGCUGGUCAGCGACGCCAGCCAGGGCUGCGUCACGGACGACAAGCUGCUGAAGCUGUCAUGA